GCACUUUGCCCGAAACAACCAUAACAGACUUCACUCUUUCGCUGCUGCCAAACAUGGGGUUCGACACACAAGCAGGUGCUCUGUUCUUGACAGCGGUGCUGCUGCAUACCGUGAGCAUGGGCCAAGGGAAGGUGGUUCGCUCUCGCGACUUGGACGUGAUAAAGCCUGGUAAUCGGCCCUGCCCGGAGUUCUGCCCCGAAAUCUACCAGCCCGUGUGCGUGGUGGGACGACACACGCCGCCCAGAACGAUUCCCAACCGAUGCUUCGCUGCGAUUUACGCGUGCGACGAACGCGAAGUUCUUUGGGUGAUUCGCGACGGACCAUGCCCCUGCAAAAGCCACGUUCGUCUCAUCCAUCACUGAAUAACUUCUUCGUCGAACAAUAAUAUAUCACUCCAUGAGAUAUAGCCAAAGAAGCAGCCCUAUAAUUUCAGGAAGUAUUCUACAACACCGUGCAUGACUCUGGCAUUGAGAAUAAAAUAUUCUUAAAUAAAAUGUAAU